CGAUGUAUUUGUAUUUGCUAUCCUUUUAUUAUAUUGUAUUUGUUACAGUUCGCAUAUUUUGUUUGUGUCCUAUAAUUGUUUGAUAUGAUAUGUACAAUACUUAUUUAUAAAAUAUGAAUGUCAAGUAACAAGCUGGACCAAGCGAGUUUAUGGUAACGCCACUUUUUUUGCGUAAACUUACGUCACAGAAGAGACGUCGUGUCGCCAGCCACAAGCAGUAAGGCUUAAUUACCUUUAACCAAACUAGGGCUGCUCAACGCACAUUUAAAUCGGUUCAUUCUAUACGCUGGGUAAUGUCUGUGAUUUAGUUUUAAGUUAUGACCGAUGUAAUUUUAUUAUUUUUACUGCUAAUGUUAUGGGCUGUACACCACGCUGUUGCUAGCUUGCACGUGCUAUGCUCAAUAGCGAUUUACGUGAAAUUAGCAUGACAGUGCUAGCGCGUGCUAGUUACGAGUUUACAAAUUCAAACGGCUUCUUACAUGUAUGCCAUAUUUUUUUACCACUUAUUUGCUUGUCUGAAAUCUGUGUACAAUGUCUAAUGUUCUUAAAAUAACAUCUCAGACAUCCGUAAUGGAAACUGCGCUUGCGGAAACCUGCUUGAUAACAGGAGGAUGUGGAUACUUUGGCUAUCGCCUGGCAGCCCACCUGCAUAAAAACGGCGCCAAGGUCAUCCUGUUUGAUGUCAUCCAUCCGAAGGAAGAUGUACCAGAGGGAAUUACGUUUGUCCAAGGAGAUAUCCGCAGCUACGCGCAGGUGGCGAGUGCGGUCACCGGUGUGGACUGCGUGUUCCAUGUGGCCUCCUACGGCAUGUCUGGCCGAGAGCAGCUGGAGCGGCUUCACAUCGAGGAGGUAAACAUAGAAGGCACCCGUAACGUCGUGGAGGCCUGCGUUCAGUGCAGCGUACCGCGGCUCGUCUACACCAGCACCUUCAACGUGGUCUUCGGAGGUCAGGAGAUACAAAACGGAGACGAGAGCCUCCCGUACCUGCCGCUCCAUCUCCACCCGGACCACUAUUCCCGGACUAAGUCCAUUGCGGAGAUGGCUGUCCUCAAAGCUAAUGGAACGCCGCUGAAGGAUGGUUUUGGGAUCCUGAGGACGUGUGCCCUGCGCCCGGCCGGAAUUUACGGGCCCGGGGAGCAGAGGCACCUCCCCAGGGUUGUGGGCUACAUCGAAAAAGGGAUCUUCAGGUUCAUCUAUGGGAAAGCCGGUAGUUUGGUGGAGUUUGUCCACGUGGACAAUUUGGUCUCAGCGCACGCGCUCGCCGCCGCUGCUCUGACCGCCCAGAGGUGCCACUGCGCCGCCGGCCAGGCCUACUUCAUCUCCGACAGCCGUCCCGUCAACAACUUUGAGUUCUUCAGACCCCUGGUGGAAGGUUUAGGAUACCCUUUUCCAACGCUGCGCCUUCCUGUCGCCCUGGUUUACUUCGCCGCUUUCCUCAUUGAAACCGUCCACCGCCUCGUGGCACCAUUCUACGAUUUUCAGCCGCUGCUGACACGCACUGAGGUCUACAAGACAGGGGUGACGCACUACUUCAGCACAGCCAAGGCCGAGGCCCAGCUCGGGUACCGGCCCAAGGAGUACGACCUGGAUGAGGUUGUUUGGUGGUUCCGGAGCAGGGGGUAUGGGAGAAAACGGCAAAGUUCUCAUGUCAGUCGAAAGGUGGUGAACCUUCUGGUCGUUGCUGCAUUUAUGGCCGCUGUUCUCUCAUUUCUACCAGUUGUCGCCAGCUGAUGAUGUUAUGUGUACUGUAUUGAACUUUAAAGGAGACAUGCAUUUUUUCACAAUUGAAAACAGUUCCAAGGUGUUAGAAUCAUGUCUAUGACAUGCUUUCAUGAAAAUACCCCGAGAAUCAAGAAUUACAGUAAACCCCCUGCUGCACAUGGGGCUAAGGACCAAGCCCUACCACGAAUAGCAAAACAACACAUGCAAUUGAAGCUCCCCCUCAAUUUCCUAUAUACAGUAUUUCCCAGUAGUUGAAACCAUGAGUAACCAUGUACCACAAACCAUGAUCUCAUCCCACAGUUUAAUAUGGUAAAUGGGGUGCAUUUAGAUAGCACUUAAUCCACACCAUACAGUGCCCAAAGCGCUUUAUAAAGCCUCACAUUCGCCCACUCACGCAGACAUUCUUACACCAUUGGACAGCUGCUGCCAUGCAAGGCGCUGCCAGGCCCACUGGGAGCAAAUUGGUGUUGAGUGUCUUACCCAAGGGCUGUGAUGCACCGAAUUUUUUACCAAAACAUUUUUUCAGCCAAAAAUGUCCCAAAAGUGCAUUUUCGGUUUUGUUUCAGUCAUUAAAAAAUUCCACCCUUAAUAUUACCUGUACAACCCAAUUGAAAUAAAUAAAUGUUGGGGAGGGUAGAUAAAAAUAAACAACUGAGAUAAAUGUAGUUGCACAUGUGUGCACAGCCGCUUAUACAGUCCACUCCAAAAGUAUUGGAACGGCAGGUCAAUUCCUUUGUUUUUGUUGUAUACUGAAAACAUUUGGGUUACAGAUCAUACUCCAGCUUUUAUUUCAUGGUAUUUACAUCUCAAUGUGUUAAACAACUCAGGACAGAGCACCUUUUGUUUGAACCCACCCACUGUUCAAGUGAUCAAAAGUAUUGGGACACAAAUGAACUUAUCCCAUAAACAAAUACUUUUGGAGGGGACUGCAGCUGGGAAUUUGGUUGUGUUCAGAAUUAACCAGUCACAUUUAAACUCAUGUUUAAUGGGACUGUGCACACACCUGCCACCAUUUAUUGUGCCUCUGAUUAAGCCCCAAAAAGCUGUUUUAUAGCAGGCUUUUCCUGACAUUUUUUUGCUUUCUAGCAGAAGCCUGAAGGUUAUUUGCUGACAGCCUGACACAGACUUCUACUUGGAAUUGUUGAACCCUGCACUUUGACAAAAGGCCCUAGUUCCAGAUGAAGAAAAACAGCCUCAAAGCAUGUUACCACGACUAUGCUUCACUGUAGGUAUGGUGUUCUUUUGGUGAGGAAUGGUGUUGUUUGCGGCAAACAUACGUUUUGGAAUUAUGACCAAAAAGUUUCAUUGGACCAUAACACAUUUUCCCAUAUGCAUUUGGGAGAUUUCACGUGUUUUUUUAAAAUUGUAAAAUAAGGCUUCCAUCUUGCCACCCUACCCAUAGCCCAGACAUGAAAGACAGGAGAUUGCCACAUGUAGUAUACAGCCAGUAUUUAUCAGACAUUCCCGCAGCUCCUUCAGUGUUCCCCAUUGGGUUCUUGGCACCCUCCCUGACCAGUUUUCUUGCUGUCAACUGGUGGGUCGGGACCCAAAAGUGGGUCACAAACCCAUUAUGGGUAGGUCGCAGAUAGCUAGUAAAAUAAUUAUGUAUUCUUAUUCUGAUUUUUCUGGUACAGUACAGAGGAGUAAUAAGUUCCCACACGGAACAUACUAGGAAAGUGACAAGGAAUGCUACUUCCUUGUUCUCUAGCCACUAGUUUACGCCGUAAACAAAGCCAGUGCAGCUCAGCCUUUGGCUGGCGAACGUCAUGGCGAGUAGUAUGCUUUUGGCGGACAGCAAACUCAUUUUAAAUGGCAUUUACAAAUGUAUUAUACUGUACAUAUAUUUUCAGAGGCUAUCUUCAGACAAGUACAUUCUUGAUUCUUCUAUGAAGCGACUUUGCAACAAUAGGAAAAUGCAGGCCCCUGGUUGACAACAGUUGAGAACCACUGUUCUAUUGUAUAUUUAAAGCGUUAGAAAUUAUUUUGUACCCUUCUCUUGACAGAUACCUUUAGAAAAAUGAGAUCCCCUGAUGGUAUGUUAUAAAUUCUCUGAAUACCAUGACUUGUAAGAUGUGACUACAAAAAUGUCAGGAACAAAUCUAGAACAUCUGAACUUUAGGGUUAAUCACAGGUACUUUAAAUGGUGGCAGGUGUGAGCGGACUCCCAUUUAACAUGAAUUAGAAUGUGAUUAGGUAAUUCUGAACACAGCCACAACCCCAGUUAUCAGAGGGUUGUGCCAAAAACAUGAUCUCUUUUGUUUAUUUUUACUUACCUCUCAAAAAUAUUGGCUUUUUUUUCAAUUGACAAUCAUUCAAGCCUCUGCUAACUUUGAUCGGAAGCGAAGGGACAUUUUCAAAUUUGGCCAAUUGUCAUCUCUGCGUACCCCACUUUAGGCAGCGAUCUAGUUGGGCCUAACACACUGUUCUCUUCUGCUAGUUGCUGCAAAGUCCAUCAUCUUCUACCGCUCUGCUGCAAAGUCAUGGGGGGGAAAAAGUAAUCCAAAAGUGAACAAUACCAUGUUUACAUUCCAUAUAAAGUGAAUUUCAGCAUUGGUACCUACCUCUUUGACAAACGCUUGUUUUGUGUUACCAUUUUUGAAUUGUAAUAAUAUUGCGUACUAUUUAUAAAUGUGGAAAUGAACCAUUUGUAAAAGAGCCUUUUAAUAAAACUGAUUCAUACAUGCUUCA